GUCUAUAUUUUCCUCUUGAUGUCAACUAAUCGGGCUCCUAACCUCACCAGAACUGAAAAUGAAAACUAUUUCUACGAUCCAAACACAGACACGAGGCAUAGAUUUCCUACAAUAAGUGAUCCCGCAUCUGUAGAUGUUACAAUUGUUGUUCCAUCUUAUAAUGAAGAAAAGCGACUUCCUGUUAUGCUGGAUGAAACUAUAGAAUAUUUUAGGAAGAGAAAGCAAAAAAAUCGAUCGUUUUCAUACGAAAUCAUUGUCGUUGAUGAUGGAAGUAAAGAUCGCACGACUCAGGUCGCACUUGAAUACGUAAAAGGAAGCGGUACUGAUAGUAUUCGAGUUCUUACAUUAGAUUAUAAUCGUGGAAAAGGGGGAGCCAUUAGAAUUGGUGCUUUGAGUUCACGAGGUAGAUAUAUUUUAAUGGUAGAUGCCGAUGGUGCAACCAAAUUUGAAGACAUAGAAAAAUUAGAACAUGCUGCCAUGAAACUGAACAAAGAUUAUUCGAAAGAUUGUCCAAUUGUUGUAGCCGGAUCUAGGGCACAUCUCGAAGAGGAGUCUAUGGCAGAGCGAACAAUAUUUAGAACUUUCCUAAUGCACGGGUUUCAUCUUCUGGUUCGAUUUCUUUGCGUUAAAGGCGUAAAAGACACUCAAUGUGGCUUUAAACUUUUUAAUCGAGUUGCAGCUGAUAUCCUUUUUCAUAGUAUGCACGUAAAUGGAUGGGCUUUUGACGUUGAACUACUUUAUAUUGCCGAGACGUUGCGAAUGCCCAUUGCAGAAGUUGGAGUUAACUGGACUGAAAUUGAAGGUUCGAAAAUGACACCGUUUCUUAGCUGGGCUCAAAUGGGACGCGAUCUGAUAAUUAUUCGUUUAAAUUACUUAUUCGGUUUAUGGAAAAUUGAUAAAACAAAACACAAGUAA